AUGGUCCUUGCUAAUACCGAAUCUGGUGUUUCUUCUUCCUUCCCCUCUGAGAGACCUUACUUCUCCAAGCUUGAGUCUGUAUUUGAAAAAUACUCUGCCUCUCAAGCAGCAGUCCAGGACAUCUGGUCUGUGGGGUUGAAUUCUAGUCCAUCUCUCGAGGAGGAUCAAUCCUUUGCUGUUAUUGAUAACUAUAGCACUGGUCGAUCUUCAUCUUACAUCGAUCCAUUGGAUAUUUUGGAUAACAGCCCUGCUACUUCGGUUGCUACUAUUUCGCCCCGUGAGCUUUCUGUUUCAUCUGCCUCUGGCUUAGAACAUUCUCCCCUCUUUGAUGACAUCGAUUUGGGUGAUUCCAACUCUUGGGAGUCUUUGUUUAAUGACGAUAGCAAUUCAAUUUCUAGAGAAUCUGGCUCUGUUGCUUCCUCUAUUGCUCGUCCUACAAUGGCACCCAAAGUUCAAGCCUCAAUUGCUCCAUCCCAGAGCCCAAGUCCUUCUUUGAUGUCCACUCCUCUUGUUAAGGCUGAGCCUAUCAGUCCUAUUGUGGGCUCUGUUUCUCUUGACAGUGGAAGAUCAUUUUCUGUUUCCUCAGCUUCUUCUGCCUCUAACAAGCGUAAGCGCUCAGAGCUUUCUGUUGAUUUAGAGAUGGAAAAGAAGGAUGCUCUGGGUAUCAUUGCUUACAACCGUAAGCCCCGUUCCACUCCUCUUCAACCAGUUAUUGUCGACGAUGAGAGCGACUGCACUGCUGUUAAGCGUGCCCGUAACACUGAGGCUGCCCGACGUUCGCGUGCUCGUAAGAUGGAGCGUAUGUCUCAGCUCGAAGAGCGUGUUGACCAGCUCGUUGCCAGAAAUUCUGAGCUCGAGGCUGAAAUUGCUCGUCUUCGUGAGCUGUGUCCUAAGGACGCCUAA